GAUACCACCUCUGUGUUUGGGGAGCUGGGUUGGAAAAUGUAUCCGAUUAAUGGCUGGGACGCCAUCACGGAAAUGGACGAGCACAACAGGCCCAUACACACCUUCCAGGUGUGCCACGUGAUGGAACCCAACCAGAACAACUGGCUGCGCUCCAACUGGAUCUUCCGGGAGGCCGCGCAGAAGGUCUACGUGGAGCUGCGCUUCACGCUGCGCGACUGCAACAGCAUCCCCUGGGUCUCCGGCACCUGCAAGGAAACCUUCAACCUGUUUUACAUGGAGAGCGACGACGCGCACGGGCUCAAGUUCAAAUCCAGCCAGUACACGAAGAUCGACACCAUCGCAGCCGACGAGAGCUUCACACAGAUGGACCUCGGGGAUCGCAUUCUCAAACUGAACACUGAGGUGCGAGAGGUGGGGCCCAUCACGAGGAAAGGUUUCUAUUUGGCCUUUCAGGACAUAGGGGCGUGCAUAGCUCUGGUGUCCGUACGGGUAUACUACAAAAAGUGUCCUUUCACCUUUCGAAACCUUGCCACAUUUCCAGACACCAUUCCACGAGUGGACUCCUCGUCGCUAGUGGAGGUGCGUGGAGCUUGCGUGAAGAAUGCGGAGGAGCGAGACACCCCAAAACUCUACUGCGGGGCAGAUGGAGACUGGCUGGUGCCCCUCGGCCGCUGCGUCUGCAGCGUGGGCUACGAGGAGUUAAAUGGCGCUUGCAUUGCUUGUCGACCCAGCUUCUACAAGGCUUUUGCCGGAAACAUCAAGUGCACCAAGUGUCCGCCUCACAGUUACAGCUCGGAUGAUGGGGCCCAGUUGUGCUACUGCGAGAAGGGAUACUUCAGGGCCGAUAAAGAUCCUCCCUCAAUGGCUUGCACACGACCUCCGUCUCCCCCUAGAAACGUGAUUUUCAACAUCAACGAGACCUCGCUCUUCCUCGAGUGGAGCCCGCCGAGUGACACCGGGGGCCGUAAGGACCUGACCUACAGCGUGCUGUGCAAGCGUUGCGGCUCCGGGUCGGGCUCUGGGUCGGGCUCCGUCUCCAGCUCCGGGUCGUCCGGGUCGUCGGGCCAUCAGCAGCAGCAGUGCGAGCUGUGCGGCGGGGAGCUGCGCUUCGUGCCUCGCCCUCAGGGCCUGACCAACGCCUCGGUCACCGUGCUGGAUUUUGACGCCCACGCCAACUACACCUUCGAGAUCGAGUCCCAUAACGGAGUGUCGGCUCUGAGUUCCUUUCCCAGGCCGGUGGCCACAGUCACCAUCAGCACAGAGCAAGGGGUGUCUGUAGUGGUCAAGGACUGGGCGGCCCAGAACAGUAUUGCCCUCUCCUGGAAGGACACUGAGCGCUCCCCGCUGCCCGUCUUGGACUAUGAGAUCAAGUAUUACGAAAAGGAGCACGAGCAACUCAGCUACUCCUCCACGCGUAGCAAGGUGCCCAGUGUCAUCAUCGCCGGACUCAAGCCCUCCACCAUCUACACCUUCCACAUCCGAGCGCGCACGCCUGCUGGCUACACCGGCUACAGCCCCAAGUUUGAGUUUGAGACGGGGGAAGACGAUAUGGCAGCUGAUCAAGGUCAGGUGUUGGUCAUCGUCACGGCAGCAGUUGGAGGUUUCACCCUGCUCGUCAUCCUCACUCUGUUCUUCCUCAUCACGGGAAGGUGUCAGUGGUACAUAAAAGCCAAGAUGAAGUCGAAUGACAAGCGGAGGGCACAGUAUCAGAACGGUCAUGUGGCGCCUUUUCCUGGUAUAAAGACGUACAUUGAUCCCGACACCUACGAGGAUCCCACCCAGGCUGUGCAUGACUUUGCCAAAGAAAUUGACACUUCAGGAAUUCGCAUUGAGCGAGUCAUUGGAGCCGGUGAAUUCGGGGAGGUGUGCAGCGGGCGGCUGCGUACCCCCGGGAAGAAAGAGAUCCCCGUGGCCAUCAAGACGCUGAAGGGCGGCUACGUGGAGCGGCAGAGGAAGGACUUCCUGAGGGAGGCGAGCAUCAUGGGACAGUUCGACCACCCCAACAUCAUCAGACUGGAGGGGGUAGUGACAAAAAGUCGUCCUGUCAUGAUCGUGGUGGAGUACAUGGAGAACGGCUCGUUGGACUCCUUCCUGAGGAAACAUGACGGGCACUUCACGGUCAUCCAGCUGGUAGGCAUGCUGCGUGGCAUCGCCUCGGGAAUGAAAUACCUCUCAGACAUGGGCUACGUCCACCGAGAUCUGGCCGCCCGAAACAUCUUGGUCAACAGCAAUUUGGUCUGCAAGGUGUCCGACUUCGGCUUGUCCAGGGUGCUGGAGGACGACCCUGAGGCUGCCUACACUACCACCGGAGGGAAAAUCCCCAUCAGGUGGACCGCACCAGAAGCCAUCGCCUACAGGAAGUUCUCGUCAGCCAGCGACGCCUGGAGCUACGGCAUUGUCAUGUGGGAAGUGAUGUCAUACGGAGAGCGGCCUUACUGGGAGAUGUCCAAUCAGGAUGUGAUCCUGUCCAUUGAGGAGGGCUACCGGCUGCCCGCCCCCAUGGGCUGUCCCGUGGCCCUGCACCAGCUCAUGCUGCACUGCUGGCAGAAGGAGCGCGGCCAGCGGCCCAAGUUCACAGACGUCGUCAGCUUCCUCGACAAGCUCAUCCGCAACCCCAGCAGCCUCCUCACGCUGGUGGAAGACAUCCAGAGCUUACCAGAGUCCCCAGGAGAUGUUCCUGAUUACCCCAUGUUCAUCUCAAUCGGUGAUUGGCUGGAUUCGAUCAAAAUGAGCCAAUACAAGAGUAACUUCAUGGUUGCCGGCUUCACCACACUGGACUCUGUCACGACGAUGAGCAUCGAGGAUGUCAGGCAAAUUGGGGUAACACUGAUCGGCCACCAGAGACGAAUAGUCAGCAGCAUACAGACACUGAGACUCCAGCUGUUUGAGGUCCAAGAGAAGGGAUUCCAUGUAUGAGACUACAACUCUGUGCCUCAGCCAUGAGCUUCAGAAACAGACUUGCAUUCUUAGCAGGUGUAAAGUGGUGGUGUGUGUUUUUUUCCCCCUUAUUUUCUGAAGACUGCUGCAGAUGGCUUGCUUAUUUCAACUUCAAUUUACCAAGACUGCUUGUUGACAUCCAGCAUCUUCCAAUAGACAUUUAAAUCUGAACUUUGGCAGGCUGGCAUGUCAAAAAGGAAAAUGUGAGCCUUGUUUGCAGUAAAAAAAAAAAAAAAAAAUGUCUAUACGAAGCAACAGUAUCAGUACUUAGAAGUGUAGAUUUGAGAACGUAAUCUACAAUUACUCCAUGUUUUGUGACCACGUAGCUGCUAACUGGUGUGCAAUGGGAAGAACAGUCCGUAAAUUAAAUAAUUUUUAUGUUCAAUAAGUAACCAUCUUGAGAGAUUUAUGUAACACACUUAUUUCAUCGAUCUCAGACAUUUUCUGUUUGUUUAUACUUGAACGGUGAGGCGAGGAGAUGUUGAAGAAUGUUUAUGACUUUGAAGUGUAUAUUCCAUUCAUCAUAUGGUUAUAAUCUAAAUAUAUUUCUAUGUGCAGUCCUGUAUGUAUGUGAGACGUGUACGAGAGCCCUAGAGAAUGUUAUUUUCACUUUCUUUCUUUUUUUUGUUAAAUCAGCAAUACUUAUGCAGUGUCAAGAAGUGGAGAAUUUAGCUAUGGAUGUUGAAAGUAGAACUGUGGGCCCCCGCCAGCACCUGUGUAGUCACGGCGAAUGUGAGCACAGUGUUUGCUGUAGUCAUGAGGCGCUUCAGUUGUGGAUUUGUCAUGUGCCGUAAUAAGCUCUGUAUGUCCAUUUAUAGAUGGCCAUGUGUACAUAAACUGGAUUUGUUAGAAUUUCUAUUGUCAAUUUAUCAGAUUCAGAUGAAAGUUCUUUAGUCAUUGACAAAAUACUGCUUUAGCUGGGUAUCUCCUAUCACAGGAAAACAACAUAUGUGGAGACAAACAAAGUCAUGUACAGUCUGCAUUGCCGUGCUUAAGGUCAAAUUUUGCUCUGUUCUCCCAACCCUAUAAUCGGAAGAGGCGUUUCAUAACCCACUGUCGUCCAAACGUGGACCUGAAACAUUUCAUGGAUCUGAAGAAUGCGUACAUACCUCUGCUCCUUCACAGCGGGUCACUGCAGGAGAGGUGUCUGAACUGUGCUGUGCCAGCUUAUACCCUGCAGUGGGAGGAGACAUUGUUUGGCAUGUCACUGCUAAGCAAAGAGGACACUGCUAGUUUGUUUUGUACAAAGUACAAGUGAUUAUUAUUAAGUCGUACAUUUUAUUUUUCUAUGAUUUCCAAAGAGACAUUGUAGAUCUUACGCACUGUAAGAGCUGGAUUAUUAUAGUGAUAUAUUAGCAAAUAAUAAAGAUGAAAGA